AAAUUAUCGUCAUUAUAGUUUGUCUAUUCUAUGAAAAUGUCGUGCCGAUUACGGGACCGUACAGAAUGGGACGUGAGGGCUUCUACUUUAGCCCGAAACACAUUUAAUCCUAUAAGAGAUAUUAUCGAAACUCUUCGUAUUAAACCGAAUCCGGAUAUACCGUACAUCGCCCUCUCAGUAGGCGAUCCGACUGCUUUCGGCAAUCUGCAACCUUCUGAGAACAUCAUAGACACUGUUUGUGAGAUGGCCAGGCUAAAUGAAACUCGGAGCUAUGGGCCUACCAUUGGACACUGGGAGGCCAGACAGGCUGUGGCGGAGUACAGUGCUCACCAGGGUCCAGUGACGGCAGACGACGUGAUCCUCUGCAGUGGCUGCUCACACGCCAUUGAUAUAACCCUCAGUGUCAUCGCUGACGCUGGACAAAAUGUCCUCAUCCCACGACCUGGCUACUUGAUACACAAAACUCUUGGGGAAGGAUUGGGGAUCGUUAUCAAGUACUAUGAUUUAUUGCCUGACGAGGACUGGCAAAUAGAUCUAGUGAGUCUGGAGAGUCAAAUAGACGAAAAUACAGCAGCUAUCAUCGUGAACAAUCCGUCUAACCCGUGUGGCUCAGUUUAUACCAAGAAACAUUUAAAAGACAUUAUCGAGGUGGCAUUGAGAAAUCGCGUGCCGAUAAUUGCGGACGAAAUUUACGAACACUUCGUUUUCUCCAAACACGAAUUCACUUCAUUAUCGUCUCUUUCUAAGGAUGUCCCAGUUAUAACAUGCAGCGGAGUCACGAAGAGAUUUCUUAUUCCUGGCUGGCGACUGGGCUGGAUAAUCAUACACGACCGUAACAAUAUUCUGGGCAAAGAAGUCCGCAAAGGCUUGUUUAGUAUGUCAACGCGGAUUUUGGGACCAAAUACGUUGCUGCAGAGAGCUCUUCCGAGAAUUCUGAAGGAAACUCCACAGAGUUUCUUUGACGACACAAUGAGAUUUAUCGAGAGUCAAGCACAUUUGGCUUACCAGGAGCUGCAAAAAUCCCCAGCAUUACGUCCGAUCAUGCCUCAAGGGUCCAUGUACAUGAUGAUCCAAAUUAAAAUGUCUUUAUUCCCUAAAUUCGAGAAUGAACUUCAAUUUAUUUCUCAACUCUGCAACGAGCAGUCGGUUCUAUGUAUUCCUGGAAAGUGUUUCAACUAUCCCAACUACAUGCGGAUUGUACUAACUGUACCAGAAGAUAUAUUACGGGAAGCAUGCAACAGAAUCACAAAGUUUUGUGAACAACAUAUGAUGAAGGAGAAAUUAAAGAUGGCGGAUAAUGACGUUGUUUCCAUUUUGAACGAGAAAUCAUCAGAGGUGUCUUCAAAACAGCAAAUGUUGAAGAAUAUUUCGUAAUUUUGAUUCCAAGUUAGGGCCUGUCUGAUUUUUGUCUGGCUAACUCAACUGCAUCACAUGGUUUAUUUUGGUCCUUUGAUUAAUAAAAGUCCCUUGAUUGCGAUAGUCCUUAAAUACUAUAUCGUUAGGUACAGGCGUAGUAACCUUCUCUAUAAUCUGAGUCCUUUAUUAUAUGUAUAAGUAUGUAGGUUUGGAUCCAGUCUCUGUAUAAAACUUGGGACGCCCUAAAUUGUAGAUAUUACUGGGUUUUUGUCAACUAGUUAUUUACACGACACUAGUAAUGUAACUAACGCAUUUAAUGUAAAAGACGCAAUCAAUUCAUAAAAUCAAAGUAACGCAGCUUGCCUUCAUAUUUAGAAGAACUCUGCCUUAAAAUCGCACUCCUUGCUACGCUUGUGUGUUACUUGUUGAAUGUUGUUAUUGUUAAGAAUAGGUAGUUCAUAAGUAAUUUAAUGUAACUAUAGUAUGAAUAAGGACAAACAAAACUAUAAGUAGGUACGUCACAAUUACAGUUAGCUUAACGUUUUCCUAAAUUUGGGGAUUCCCAUAUUUUUUUGGCCGAGGAUCAUUUUUAUAAUUCUUUUUAUGUUACCACUAUUUCUUUUGUAAUAUGAACUCAGUUGCUUUUCUCAGCAAUCUCUUUUCCUAUGAGUUUAAUACGAGCUUUAAGCGUGGUAUUUAUUGGACAGAAGUCCACGGACCACCGCUUGGGAACCACUGUCCUAGAUGAUCCUGAACCUGUACAAUCUGAAAAGAAAAACAGAAAACAUCAACAUACAUACUAUUGUUGGGCAUGAUCAUCUCGCCUGGUGAGGAUGUCGUCUUUGCCAAUCUUAGGUAACAUAAACAUUCCAGCCUGUUCCUUAUAAUACAAACAGAUAUCAGACUAAUGUAAAGGAAUAACGCCUAUCUUCACAUUAUUCGCUUUUAUUACUGUAUGUUCGACUUUUAAAUAUUUUGUAGUAAAAAAUGCUAAUAUCAACAAAACGCCUAAGAAAAUAAUAAGAGACGAAGGUAGCCUGUUCAAUAUUUGCUUAGUAUUUUAAUAUAACUUGUAAAGGAAUUAAAAUGUUGCACAAACAUAUUGCACAAUGCAUGUUAUAGAAGGAGAUUUUUUUUUUUCUUAAAUCAUGUCUUUCUACUGUUUUGAAUCAUGUAUUUUAAUUAAGUUCUUAGUUUUGUAGAAUUUUAUUUAUUAGGUAUCUAUUAAAUUGGUUAAUACAGAGCUACAUGCAUUAAGUAAGUUUGUAUUUACUAUUUCUAAUAAUAAGGCCUUUAAAAUUAGUUUAAAAUUUUGUAAGUAUUCUUAAUACAUUCGCUGUAUAAGCAAAUAUAUUAUUUAAUGUUAAAA